UCUUCACUUGCACAAAACAUCAAACAUCUUCACUUACUAUCUUCAAAUUCUUAAUAAUGGAGAGAUAUACUAAUACUACUCUUAUUCUAAUCAUUUGCCUUUUCUUUGCAAGUUCUGUGCAAGGCCAAGGCACGAGAGUUGGAUUCUAUUCACGGACAUGUCCGCAAGCAGAAUCCAUAGUAAGUGCAACUGUAGCAAAGCAUGUUAAAGCUAAUGCUGCUGUUGCGCCUGGUUUAUUAAGGAUGCACUUCCAUGAUUGCUUUGUUCAAGGUUGUGAUGCUUCUAUUCUUAUUAAUGGCCCUAACACUGAAAAAACAGGCAUACCUAAUCUUGGAUUGAGAGGAUAUGAAGUUAUUGAUGAUGCCAAGACUCAACUUGAAUCUGCAUGUCCUGGAAUUGUUUCUUGUGCUGAUAUUCUUGGACUCGCAGCUCGUGACGCUGUUGUUCUGAGUGGUGGAAGAAAUUGGCAAGUGCCUACUGGACGUAGAGAUGGUAGAGUGUCAUUAGAAACUGAUACGAGAGGUUUGCCUGCUUUUACUGAAUCCAUUGAUUCACAGAAGCAAAAGUUUGCUGCGAAGGGUCUCAAUGCACAAGAUCUUGUCACACUUGUUGGAGGUCACACCAUAGGCACUACAGCUUGCCAGUUCUUCAGUUACAGAUUGUACAAUACAAGUGGAAAUGGUUCUUCUGAUCCAACCAUCAACGCCUCAUUCCUUCCCCAACUACAAGCACUCUGUCCACAAAAUGGUGAUGGGACAACGAGAGUUGCAUUAGAUACAACUAGCCAAAACAAGUUUGACACUUCUUUCUUCUCCAACCUUGCAAAUGGCAGAGGAAUUCUUGAAUCUGAUCAAAAAUUGUGGACUGAUACUUCUACAAGAACAUUUGUUCAAAGUUUCUUGGGUGUUAGAGGCUUGCCUGCAUUAAACUUUAAUGUUGAGUUUGCAAAGUCUAUGGUUAAAAUGAGUAACAUUGAAGUGAAGACAGGCUCUGAUGGUGAAAUUAGAAAAAUAUGCUCUGCAAUUAAUUAAUUUAUGACAUUAUAUCAUAUGUUAUUAUGAUUUUAGUGUUAUAAUUGAGGAAAAGGAAUUAGUUUUGUACUAUAAUGGAAAUAUGAUUACAAUAUUCAGCGUAAGCUAAUAAUAAAGGA